GAUGCAGCCCAUGCAGUUCGCCUUCUUUUAUGCUUCUUCCUUCUUUUGCACGUCUCUUCUUUCCACUUGUGUGGGAUAGGUUCUUUGGAAGUGGGAGCCAGAGGCUUCUAGUGAGAGUGGGACCGAAGGAUGGGGAGUGCGUGCGCGUAGUUACCGGGGGGCAUUUGUUCGAACUCCGGCUUUGGCACUAGUGGGGAGUUGGCUCCCGACAGAGGCUUCCAGGCUCCUCAUUGGUGGACGUGGAAGGGAGACUCCACAGUUUGGGAGCUGAGGACUAGCCCGCGGAAAUGUGAGCAAAGUUUGCUGUUAGUGAGGAAUUGAUUGUGGCCUGUGAAGACGGAGACUCCAAGUCCUGUGUAUACGAGGGAAGCUGCCCACAAACUGACAGGGAGAGAAAGUUCUUCAGUUUAUGCGUUGCUUGGGAACUGUGUCUCCGCGGCUGGCCAGCGCGCGAUGUUUCCCGGGGAGGAGAUUGGACAGGCUGGACUCCCCAUUGCUUUUCUAAAAAUCUUGGAAACUUUGUCCUUCAUUGAAUUACGACACUGUCCACCUUUAAUUUCCUCGAAAACGCCUGUAACUCGGCUGAAGCCAUGCCUUGUGUUCAGGCGCAGUAUGGGUCCUCGCCUCAAGGAGCCAGCCCCGCUUCUCAGAGCUACAGUUACCACUCUUCGGGAGAAUACAGCUCCGAUUUCUUAACUCCAGAGUUUGUCAAGUUUAGCAUGGACCUCACCAACACUGAAAUCACUGCCACCACUUCUCUCCCCAGCUUCAGUACCUUUAUGGACAACUACAGCACAGGCUACGACGUCAAGCCACCUUGCUUGUACCAAAUGCCCCUGUCCGGACAGCAGUCCUCCAUUAAGGUAGAAGACAUUCAGAUGCACAACUACCAGCAACACAGCCACCUGCCCCCCCAGUCUGAGGAGAUGAUGCCGCACUCCGGUUCGGUUUACUACAAGCCCUCCUCGCCCCCGACGCCCACCACCCCAGGCUUCCAGGUGCAGCACAGCCCCAUGUGGGACGACCCGGGGUCUCUCCACAACUUCCACCAGAACUACGUGGCCACUACGCACAUGAUCGAGCAGAGGAAAACGCCAGUUUCCCGCCUCUCCCUCUUCUCCUUUAAGCAAUCGCCCCCUGGCACCCCGGUGUCUAGUUGCCAGAUGCGCUUCGACGGGCCCCUGCACGUCCCCAUGAACCCGGAGCCCGCCAGCAGCCACCACGUGGUGGAUGGGCAGACCUUUGCUGUACCCAACCCCAUUCGCAAGCCCGCGUCCAUGGGCUUCCCGGGCCUGCAGCUCGGCCACGCGUCGCAGCUGCUCGACACGCAGGUGCCCUCGCCGCCUUCGCGGGGCUCCCCCUCCAACGAGGGGCUGUGCGCUGUGUGUGGGGACAACGCGGCCUGCCAACACUACGGCGUGCGCACCUGUGAGGGCUGCAAAGGCUUCUUUAAGCGCACAGUGCAAAAAAAUGCAAAAUAUGUGUGUUUAGCAAAUAAAAACUGCCCAGUGGACAAGCGUCGCCGGAAUCGCUGUCAGUACUGCCGAUUUCAGAAGUGCCUGGCUGUUGGGAUGGUCAAAGAAGUGGUUCGCACAGACAGUUUAAAAGGCCGGAGAGGUCGUUUGCCCUCGAAACCGAAGAGCCCACAGGAGCCCUCUCCCCCUUCGCCCCCGGUGAGUCUGAUCAGUGCCCUCGUCAGGGCCCAUGUCGACUCCAACCCGGCUAUGACCAGCCUGGACUAUUCCAGGUUCCAGGCGAACCCUGACUAUCAGAUGAGUGGAGAUGACACCCAGCAUAUCCAGCAAUUCUAUGAUCUCCUGACUGGCUCCAUGGAGAUCAUCCGGGGCUGGGCGGAGAAGAUCCCUGGCUUCGCAGACCUGCCCAAAGCCGACCAGGACCUGCUUUUUGAAUCAGCUUUCUUAGAACUGUUUGUCCUUCGAUUAGCAUACAGGUCCAACCCAGUGGAGGGUAAACUCAUCUUUUGCAAUGGGGUGGUCUUGCACAGGUUGCAAUGCGUUCGUGGCUUUGGGGAAUGGAUUGAUUCCAUUGUUGAAUUCUCCUCCAACUUGCAGAAUAUGAACAUCGACAUUUCUGCCUUCUCCUGCAUUGCUGCCCUGGCUAUGGUCACAGAGAGACACGGGCUCAAGGAACCCAAGAGAGUGGAAGAACUGCAAAACAAGAUUGUAAAUUGUCUCAAAGACCAUGUGACUUUCAACAAUGGGGGGUUGAACCGCCCCAAUUAUUUGUCCAAACUGUUGGGGAAGCUCCCAGAACUUCGUACCCUUUGCACACAGGGGCUACAGCGCAUUUUCUACCUGAAAUUGGAAGACUUGGUGCCACCGCCAGCAAUAAUUGACAAACUUUUCCUGGACACUUUACCUUUCUAAGACCUCCUCCCAAGCACUUCAAAGGAACUGGAAAGAUAACGGAAACUGUCCAGAGGGGGCAAGUCACAUGGGCAGAGAUAGCCCUGUGAGCUGUCUCAGCUCAAGCUGCCCCUCAUUUCUGUAACCCUCCCCCAGCCCCCUUGAUCCCUAAAGAAAACAAACAAACAAAAACUGUUGCUAUUUCCUAACCUGCAGGCAGAACCUGAAAGGGCAUUUUGGCUCCGGGGCAUCCUGGAUUUAGAACAUGGACUACACACAAUACAGUGGUAUAAACUUUUUAUUAUCAGUUUAAAAAUCAGUUUAUUGUUCAGAAGAAAGGUUGAUAUACUGUAUAAUGGGAAAUGUUUGGCCAUGCUUGGUUGUUGCAGUUCAGACAAAUGUAACACACACACACACACACACACACACCCCUUAAGGGGACCCACAAGUAUUGCCCUUUAACAAUACUUCAAAGUUUUCUGCUGUAAAGAAAGCUGUAAUAUAUAGUAAAACUAAAUGUUGCGUGGGUGGCAUGAGUUGAAGAAGGCAAAGGCUUGUAAAUUUACCCAAUGCAGUUUGGCUUUUUAAAUUAUUUUGUGCCUAUUUAUGAAUAAAUAUUACAAAUUCUAAAAGAUAAGUGUGUUUGCAAAAAAAAAUAAAUAAAUACAUAAAAAGGGACAAGCAUGUUGAUUCUAGGUUGAAAAUGUUAUAGGCACUUGCUACUUCAGUAAUGUCUAUAUUAUAUAAAUAGUAUUUCAGACACUAUGUAGUCUGUUAGAUUUUAUAAAGAUUGGUAGUUAUCUGAGCUUAAACAUUUUCUCAAUUGUAAAAUAGGUGGGCACAAGUAUUACACAUCAGAAAAUCCUGACAAAAGGGACACAUAGUGUUUGUAACACCGUCCAACAUUCCUUGUUUGUAAGUGUUGUAUGUACCGUUGAUGUUGAUAAAAAGAAAGUUUAUAUCUUGAUUAUUUUGUUGUCUAAAGCUAAACAAAACUUGCAUGCAGCAGCUUUUGACUGUUUCCAGAGUGCUUAUAAUAUACAUAACUCCCUGGAAAUUACUGAGCACUUUGAAUUUUUUUAUGUCUAAAAUUGUCAGUUAAUUUAUUAUUUUGUUUGAGUAAGAAUUUUAAUAUUGCCAUAUUCUGUAGUAUUUUUCUUUGUAUAUUUCUAGUAUGGCACAUGAUAUGAGUCACUGCCUUUUUUUCUAUGGUGUAUGACAGUUAGAGACGCUGAUUUUUUUUCUGAUAAAUUCUUUCUUUGAGAAAGACAAUUUUAAUGUUUACAACAAUAAACCAUGUAAAUGAACAGAA